CAUAGUGGCCGGGCUGUUACUGCUCCUGCUUUCCCGAGGCCCCGGAACAGCUGCACCCAUGGGUGGCACUGACAGCGGCGGGCUGGUUUAGAGAUGCGCUUCCAAUGCUGAAAGAUAAACAGAGAGUAGCCUCAGAGGGGCAGGAGGCAAUAGAUCUGAAAGGAUCUGAUACCACCCAAUCUGAAACCAUGGACCUGAAAUUCAGCAACUCAAGAAAAUAUAUAUCCAUCAGCAUCCCUUCAAAAUCUGACACAAUGUCACCGCAUAUUAAAUCUGUAGAUGAUAUCCGGGUGCUUGGAAUCAAUCUCAGCCAGUUUCAAAAGACUGUGCAAUUUUUUAUUUGUGUUUCCGGAGUUUUUGUUUUUUAUUUAAUAUAUGGAUAUUUACAGGAGCUGAUCUUUUCAGUGGAAGGAUUUAAACCCUUUGGAUGGUACUUGACAUUAGUGCAAUUUGGAUAUUACUCCGCCUUUGGCUUAGUAGAACUUCAACUGACGCAGGAUAAACGAAGAAGAAUACCUGCAAAAACCUACAUGAUUAUAGCUUUCCUAACUGUGGCUACAAUGGGUCUGUCAAACACUUCCCUGGGAUAUCUCAAUUAUCCUACUCAGGUUAUUUUCAAAUGCUGUAAACUGAUCCCUGUCAUGAUUGGAGGGAUAUUUAUUCAAGGAAAGCGCUAUAAUGUAGCAGAUGUGGCUGCAGCUGUCUGUAUGAGUGCUGGACUUAUAUGGUUUACACUAGCUGAUAGCACAGUUGCACCCAAUUUCAACUUAACAGGUGUAUUGCUAAUAUCACUGGCGCUUUGUGCUGAUGCUGUUAUUGGAAAUGUUCAAGAAAAGGCAAUGAAACUGCACAAUGGAUCCAAUUCAGAAAUGGUCCUGUACUCCUAUUCUAUAGGAUUUGUUUACAUUUUGCUAGGAUUGAGCAUUACUAGUGGACUUGGUUCUGCAACAGCAUUCUGCUCUAUGCAUCCAUUCCAAACCUACGGAUAUGCAUUCUUUUUCUCUUUAACUGGCUAUUUUGGAAUCUCCUUUGUACUUGCUUUGAUUAAGAUUUUUGGUGCUCUCGUUGCAGUCACAGUAACCACUGGAAGAAAAGCUAUGACAAUUGUUCUCUCCUUCAUGUUUUUUGCUAAACCAUUUACUUUUCAGUAUGUGUGGUCUGGCUUGUUGGUUGUGCUUGGAAUAUUUUUAAAUGUCUACAGCAAGAACAUGGAUAAGAUGAAACUUCCCCAAAUUCUCGCCCUUUUGAAGAAAGGUCCUGAAGGAAAAACAAGGACGUUCUCACAAACUGUAUAAAUAUUUUGGGUUUUAUAUAUUUUUUUUAAAGCUUCUUUUUAAUAUUAUUACAAAAAUCAUUAAAUGAUUAUAUUUUUCCAAGGGGAAUAUGGAUAAUCUAUAGAGAUGUUGAAGGCACAUUGCCUGACUGUUACUGCUAAUGAGUACAAACUGUUCUUUCAGGGCAAAAGGAGCCAUUCUACCCCUCCUCUGACUUUGGACAGUUUGCUUAUUGUGAUAUCUUGUGGACUUCUUUACUGCAGGCAUCUGUACUCUCUCUAUGUAGAGGUACACACAGAAGGGACCAUUACAUUUUAUUACAUUUUUUAAAUGAUUUUAAUAUUUCACCCAAAGUCUAAAAUCAUUGUUUCAAGGCUGUAUAUUUUGAAUGGAGAAAUUGCAUAUAGAUAUAUUAAAAUGUGGACCUUCAAGUACAUUCAACAGGCACUGUAUGUAAGUUUGCAUCAUAUUUGUUUUACAAAGAAAAGUUUCUCAGCCAACUGCAUUCAAAUUGUGCAUUACUUUUUAUUACACUGAGUGUUGCCAUUUUUUACAUAACACGUAGGAAGUUUGUUAAUACAGGUAUUGGAUUUGUUAUCCAGAAACCCUAUUUCCAGAAGGCUCCAAAUUACAGGAAGGCCAGCUCCCACAGACUCCAUGUUAAUAAAAUCACAUUUUUAAAAAUGAUUUCCUUUUUUUCUAUAAUAUUAAAACAGUACCUUGUACUUGAUCAAAACUAAGAUAUAAUUAGUCC